AUGACACCCAGCCCCUCUGUGACACCCAGUCCAGCUGUGACACCCAGCCCAGCUGUGACACCCAACCCCGGUGUGACACCCAGCCCAGCUGUGACACCCAGCUCCCCUGUGACACCCAGU